AUGCGUGAAGUUAUUUAUAUAACAUCAUUAGAACUUCAUAAAUCUCUUGAUAAUAUUGAAAAAAUUCGUCAUCGUUCAUAUCUUACUGAUGCACUGAUUAGUGCAUAUGAACUUGAUAAACAUAAUCAUAUUCGUUUUAUUCAACCACAAUUAGCAACUGAUAACGAACUAGCAUCAGCACAUGAUCGAGAUUAUAUAGAAUUUUUGAGUUUUAUUUCAAAUAUUGAUCCUGAUGAUGAGAAAUUAUAUAGAGAACAAAUGGAUAUCUAUAAAAUAGGAUAUGAAUGUCCACCGUUUGAACAAUUGUCAUCAUUUUGUAAAUGGAUUGGUGGCGGAUCGAUAACAGCUGCUAGAUAUCUUAAUCGUGCGAGUAAUAAUAUUGCUAUAAAUUUUUUUGGUGGUUGGCAUCAUGCAAAACGAUCUGAAGCAUCAGGAUUUUGUUAUAUUAAUGAUAUUGUUAUGGCUAUUAAUGAAUUAAGAAAAAAAUUUGAUCGAAUAUGUUAUAUUGAUUUAGAUUUGCAUCAUGGUGAUGGUCUUCAAGAAGCCUUUUAUUGCUCGUCAAAAGUAUUGACUGUUUCAUUACAUAAAUAUGAGCCUGGUUUUUUUCCGAUUAACUCAGGUGCGCUUAUUGAAAUAGGUGAAGCAUGGGGACGUGGUUUUAACAUAAAUAUUCCACUUCAUCAUGGUAUUAAUGAUAAUCAGUACCUUUCACUGUUUAAUCGUCUUUUACCAAAAAUAAAUUCUUCGUUUCAACCAGAAGUUUUUGUUGUACAAUGUGGUGCUGAUACACUAUUCGGUGAUCCUAUGAAAUCAUUUAAUUUAACAACGCAAUGUAUUAUGAAUUGUGUUGAACAGAUAAUUAAUUUAAAUAAACCAAUACUUUUAUUGGGUGGUGGCGGUUAUAAUAUAGCGGAUACAGCUCGAUUGUGGACAUCAAUUACUGGUCUUUGUUUAAAUGAAAAACUUGAUAAUGAUAUACCUGAACAUAAGUAUUUUGUACAUUAUGGACCUGAUUUUACUCUUGAAACAUGGCCAGGCAAUCGAACGAAUAAAAAUACUCAAGAAUACAUCGAUGGCUUAUUGAAUUUUGUUGAACAUAAUCAAAUUAAUAUUAUGAACAGUCAAAUUCUAUAA